CCUCCACUUGUGUAGGCGCUCUUAAAGCGCAGCGUUUACGCGCGCCUCUCAGUCUUUAACGGGCAGCCCGGUGGAUCGGAGUUCUCCGGUCAUAAGGCUGCCUAAUCUCUGCGAUAACAAACUGCCAUCAGGGAAUAAGUGGCCAUUCCCGGGAUUCGGGAAAGAUAGCGGGGAGACGAGGGGAAGAAGAAAGGAGGAGGGAUGACAGAGGGAAGAGGAGUGGAGGAUUCUCCACAGCCACCGCCGCUGCUGUUGUUCCCGUAGAGAGUGGAGUGGGAGAUGGCACAGCGCCUCAGUAUCCUCCACAUUCAGGAGUGCACCACCGAGACCACAGCUCUGGACGUUCGCGCAUCUGUGGCAUCAGUCCCGAAACGCUGCCGCCUCACCACGGCCGGUCAGGCAGCGCCUCAACCCGGGUUACAGAUAUUAAUCAUCGCCUGCUCCGUCUGUGCGUGUGAUUCCUCCAUGAGGGUUUGAAGGAGACCACCUCCACAGCAUUUCCUCUGCUAAAGACCUUUCUUCCCUGAGAUCCGUUGCUGCACCCCUCCUUACCUGCCAUGGUGACAUGAUAUGGCCCUGAGUGGAUUUGAUCCUGCCUCCCACAAAUAGACAAUCUCUCGGGGAGGUUUUAAAAACCUCUAGACACCUGCAAAAUAAAAGAGACAUCAAUUCCUCUGACGCUCAGUAUUUCCCCAGUCCCGCGAUGACAGUGGCCGUGCGGUUCCGUCGGCAUUUGCGCAGGCUUCUGUUCUUACUCGCCUCCUGCUGCCUCCUGUCCCUUCUCCUUUCUGCCUACUUUCUCUUUGCAAACUCUUCCCCUUCCAUGCAACUAGGACAGUCUGUUGAGCCCGCCUGCUCCCGGUCUCUGUCUAUGUCUCCAUACCGGAACCUGCCAUACCCGUAUCCCCCAAACCCCCCUCACAUACAUGUCCACACCGACCCGGUGGUGCUGGUGCUGGUGGAGUCACAGUACUCUCAGUUGGGUCAGGACAUUGUCGCAAUACUAGAAUCAGCCCAUUUUCAGUUCCGCAUGGAGAUUGUCUCAGGAAAGGGCGACCUUCCACCGCUGACAGAAAAUGGCCGCGGCAGAUAUUCUCUCAUCAUUUAUGAGAACCUUUUAAAGUAUGCACAUGCAGAUACAUGGAACAGGCAGCUGUUGCAUCAAUAUUGUACUGAGUACAGAGUCGGCAUAAUAGGCUUCUAUCGGUCUACUGAGAACUCUCCGUCUGUCCUCAAACUCCGGGGCCUGCCGUUGAUGCUCAGGACCAACCAGGCACUUUGGGACUGUUGCGUAGUAUCUAGCUCGCCUCUCCUCCACAUGACCAAACCUGGUACAGAUCGAGGAGCCUUACCUGGAGAGGACUGGACUUCAUUCUCUUCUAAUCACUCUUCAUACCAGGCUGUGCUGCACGCACGGGCUAAGGAGGGAGCAGGGGCAGGCAGUGGAGAUAAUCCAGGACCAGGUUUCAGUCUCGGCCUUCAGGCUACUGUGGUACAGGACCUGGGGCUUUAUGACGGGGUGAGACGAGUGAUGUUUGGACAGGGAUUGGGCUACUGGCUCCACAGACUCAUCCUGGUGGAUGCCAUUUCCUACCUCACAGACAGGAAGCUUACUUUGGGUCUGGAUCGCCACAUGCUGGUGGAUAUUGACGACAUUUUCGUCGGCAAAGAGGGGACACGCAUGAACGCCAAGGAUGUAAAGGCUCUCCUUGAUACCCAGAAGCAGCUCCGGUCUUACAUCACUAACUUCACUUUUAAUCUGGGUUUCUCAGGGAAGUUCUACCACACAGGCACGCCAGAGGAGGACGAGGGAGACGAUCUGCUGCUCAAGUAUGUGGAUGAGUUCUGGUGGUUCCCGCACAUGUGGAGCCACAUGCAGCCUCACCUCUUCCACAACGAGUCCUCGCUGCUGGAGCAGAUGGUCCUCAACAAGGAGUUUGCUCUGGAGCACAACAUCCCAGUGGACAUGGGUUACGCCGUGGCUCCUCACCACUCGGGCGUCUACCCGGUGCACAUGCAGCUGUACGAGGCAUGGAGGCGUGUCUGGAACAUCCGGGUCACCAGCACUGAAGAAUACCCCCACCUCAAACCUGCUCGAUACCGCAAAGGCUUCAUCCACAACAGCAUAUUGGUGCUGCCUCGUCAGACGUGUGGCCUGUUUACUCACACCAUCUACUAUAAGGAAUACCCUGGUGGACCGAAAGAACUGGACAAGAGCAUCCAUGGGGGAGAGCUGUUUCUCACUGUGCUACUUAACCCAAUAAGCAUAUUCAUGACCCACCUGUCCAACUACGGGAAUGAUCGACUGGGUCUUUACACGUUUGUCCACUUGGCCUCUUUCCUUCGCUCGUGGACAAACCUGAGACUCCACACGCUUCCACCUCUGCAGCUUGCGCACAAGUACUUUCAGCUUUUUCCCGAACAAAAGAACCCACUUUGGCAGAACCCGUGUGAUGAUAAACGGCACAAAGACAUCUGGUCUAAAGAGAAAACCUGUGACAGAUUACCCAAAUUCAUGGUGGUGGGACCACAGAAAACAGGAACGACAGCACUUUAUCUUUUCCUGCUCAUGCACCCCUCCAUAUCCAGUAACUUUCCCAGUCCAAAGACUUACGAGGAGGUCCAGUUCUUCAACACCAACAACUACCACAAAGGGAUCGACUGGUACAUGGAGUUUUUCCCUGUUCCCUCCAAUGUUAGCACAGAUUUCCUGUUUGAGAAGAGCGCCAACUAUUUCCCUUCAGAGGAGACUCCACAGCGAGCCGCUGCUCUGCUGCCAAAGGCCAAGAUCAUCACCCUGCUUAUCAACCCCUCAGACAGAGCCUACAGCUGGUAUCAGCAUCAAAGGGCCCACGAAGACCCCGCAGCCCUGCAGUACACCUUUUAUGAUGUCAUUAGUGGCAGAAAAGGUGCGCCCGCAGAGCUGCGCUCCCUGCAGAACCGCUGUCUCAUCCCCGGUCUCUAUGCCAAACACCUCGAAAGGUGGUUGACGUUCUAUCCUGCUAAUCAGGUGAUGAUCAUCGAUGGUCAUCAGUUAAGAACUGACCCUGCAGCUGUGAUGGAUGAAGUCCAAAAGUUCUUGGGUGUCACACCUCACAUCAACUACUCGCAGGCCCUAACCUUUGACCCUCAGAAGGGCUUCUGGUGUCAACUCCUUGACGGAGGAAAGACAAAAUGUCUGGGGAAAAGCAAAGGAAGGAAGUACCCUCCUAUGGAGCUAGAGGCACGCGAAUAUCUCUCCAGGUACUACAGGGACCAUAAUGUUGAGCUGUCAAAACUGCUGCAUCGUCUUGGACAGCCCCUUCCCUCUUGGCUCAGAGAGGAGCUGCAGAAGGUUAGAUAACCUUUGCGUUUGUGAGCCAGAGUUAAAGGUCAAGACGUCAGAGACGCAGAAGUGACCAGGAGCACCUGACUUCAGCUGCACUGUCUGUGGCCUUUUCAUGCACCCUGAGGCGGGGGCAAGGAUGACACGCCCUGCGUCACCUACAACCGGGACGCUGCUGAGCAGAGAGGACGUCAGCGAUGUACAGAGAAACCCAGCAGGAACAAAUGUGGAUGGAUGGAUGGAUGGAUGGAUGGAUGGAUGGAUGGAUGGAUGGAUGGAUGGAUGGAUGGAUGGAUGGAUGGAUGGAUGGAUGGAUGGAUGGAUGGAUGGAUGGAUGGAUGGAUGGAUGGAUGGAUGGAUGGAUGGAACAGUUCUAAAGGAAGUGGGAACUGAAAAGAUGAGCCACAAUAAAUCAAUAAAGAAAGUUAUAGGAGACAAGGAGAGCUUGGCCAGAGUUGCCCUAACCCGUUCCUGAUCUGUCAUACAGGUCUGCAGUGAAUAUUAUUGUUUGUUUUUUUUGUUAUUUGACUUUCUCCUUUAAGUUAUCUUGCAGCGCUGGUCAGCUGUGCGUGGUUUCCAUAGGGAUAACGUUGCACUAAGUUCUGUUUUUUGAAACUCCAACCCAAUAAAUACAAAUAUAUUUGCUUGCUUUUACUA